AUGGCCUCGCUAAAACCGCCCUUCACAACCAGCACAGCGCACGAAAAGGUCAAGUUCGCUCAAGCGAUGUGGAAUACGCAGGAUCCGGCUGCAGUCUCUAGAGGCUACACCUCCGAAUGCAUCUGGCGCAAUCGGACGACGUUUCUCAAGGGCACUAACGAGAUCGUUGCAUUUCUCACCGCCAAGUGGAACAGGGAGAAGGACUACCGGUUGAGGAAGGAGCUUUUCGCGGUGGGUGGCGAGAGCAUGGAAAAGAUCGCUGUGCAGUUCUGGUACGAGUAUCGUGAUGCAGAGGAUGGGAUGAAGUGGAAGAGGUGUUAUGGGCUGGAGGACUGGACUUUUGAUAGUAAUGGCAAGAUGGAAAAGCGCCAAAUGAGCGGAAACGAUCUGGAACUGGGCAGGAAUGGAGAUGGUGUGGCGGAUGCGAAAGAAGGCAUUGAGGGGAGAUGGUUCGUGGACGAAGUCAAUGUAGACGAGGCUCCUAUCGGCGAUAAACACUGGUAA